UCUCAUCUUUUGGUUUUCCAGAUCUUUCAACCCCAACAUCCAUCAUGGAGGGCAAGCGUGUCUGGGCGCCAAACACCAACGAGGGCUACGAGCUCUGCGACAUUGUCGAUUUCGCAGUCGAGACCAUCACUGCCCAGCCCGUCUCUGGCGGUGGCGCGGCUCGAGAGGUCUCGUACGAUCGCGUCUUCCCCGCUGACGACGCGGACAACAAUGAUGUCGACGACAACUGCGCGCUCAUGUUCUUGAACGAGGCGUCGCUGCUGCACAACCUGCGCAAGCGUUAUGCCAAGGGUGCCAUCUACACGUACACUGCCAACAUUUUGAUUGCCGUCAACCCGUACGCCUCGCUGCCCAUCUACGACGGCAAGUCGAUUGAGCGCUACCGCGGCAAGUCGCUUGGUGUUGAGCCUCCGCACGUGUUUGCCAUUGCCGACAAGGCGUACCGCGACAUGAAGGCGUCCAAGACCAGCCAGUCCGUCAUUGUCUCUGGUGAGUCUGGUGCCGGCAAGACCGAGUCGACCAAGUACAUUAUCCGCUACCUGACCGACUCGCUCUCGUCCAGCGGCGACCUCGAGCAGCGCAUUCUCCAGGCCAACCCGAUUCUCGAGUCGUUCGGCAACGCCAAGACCACCCGCAACUACAACUCGUCGCGCUUUGGCAAGUUUGUUGAAAUCCACUUUGACUCGAAGUCCACGGUUUCGGGCGCCUACAUUUCCCACUACCUGCUCGAAAAGUCCCGCAUCGUCUCCCAGGCGUCGGAGGAGCGCAACUACCACAUCUUUUACCAGAUGUGCCACGGCGCCCCCGCAGACAUGGCUGGCGCGCUCGGCCUCUCGACCCCCGACAAGUUCCGCUACCUCAAGUCGGGCACCACCACCCCGCUCAAGGGCCUCGACGACAAGGGCGACUUCCUCAAGCUCACCACGGCCAUGGGCUUGAUUGGCAUGUCGCAGGAGGAGCAGGUCAACAUUUUCAAGACUGUCGGCGCUGUGCUCCAGCUCGGCAACAUUGACUUUGAGGAGAGCACCAAGGACAACAAGGGCGGCUCGGAGGUUGCCGGCAGCUCGAUCACUGUCGCGACCGCCGUCGCCAACCUGCUCGGUGUCAACGUGGACGACCUCAAGGAGAAGCUCUGCUCGCGCGUCAUGUCGACCACCCGCGGUGGUGCCAUGGGCACCAUCUACAAGGUGCCCCUCAAGACUGGCGAGGCCUCGUCGGCUCGUGACGCCAUGGCCAAGACCAUCUACUCGCGCCUCUUUGACUGGAUUGUCGCCCGUGUCAACAAGUGCUUCCCCUUCAGCGAGUCUGUCAACUACAUUGGUGUCCUCGAUAUUGCCGGCUUUGAGUUUUUCCAGCACAACUCGUUUGAGCAGUUCUGCAUCAACUUUUGCAACGAGAAGCUGCAGCAGUUCUUCAACGAGAAGGUGCUCAAGCAAGAGCAGGAGAUCUACGCCAAGGAGGGCAUCACCUACCGCGAAAUUGAGUACUUGGACAACCAGGACGUCAUCGACAUGAUUGAGGACAAGAAGGAGGGCAUUCUCGCCGCCCUCGACGAGGAGGCCAAGCUGCCCACCCCGCUCGACAAGCACUUCUCCCAGACGCUGCACAACAAGUUCAAGAAGCACUUCCGCUUUGUCUCGCCCAAGAAGAGCAAGGUCCCCUCGCAAAAGAAGCUGACCGACGACGAGGCCUUUAUGAUUCGUCACUACGCCGGUGCCGUCUGCUACGAAGUUGUCGGCUUUGUCGACAAGAACAACGAUGCCCUGCACGCCGAUCUCGAGAUGCUGCUGGACGAGACCAAGGACGCCUUCAUCAAGGAGCUCUUCAGCAAGCCUGCCUCCGCGGAGGGCGACGCCAAGGACUCUGGCAAGGACAAUGGCAAGCGCGCCAAGCUGCACUUUGAGUCGGUCGGCAAAAAGUUCUCGAGCCAGCUCACCGAGCUCAUGGACAAGCUCCGCGCCACCCGCUCCAACUUUGUCCGCUGCAUCAAGCCCAACCUCAAGAUGCUGCCCAACAUUUUCAGCGGUGCCGAAAUUCUGUCGCAGCUGCAGUGCGCUGGCAUGGUUGAGGUGCUGACGCUUCUCCAGGGCGGCUACCCGUCGCGCACGGCCUUUUCGGAUUUGUACGAAAUGUACAAGGGCUUCCUGCCCGCCAAGCUCUCCUCGCUGGACCCCCGCACGUUCUGCCAGGCGCUCUUCAAGGCGCUCGGCAUGGACGAGACCCACUUCCAGUUUGGCAUGUCCAAGGUCUUUUUCAAGUCUGGCAAGUUUGCCGAGUUUGACAAGAUGACCAAGGCCGACCCAGAGAACCUCAAGGCGCUUAUCGAGACUGUCACACGGUGGCUUGUUCGCAAGCGCUGGCGCAAGGUCAUUUUCGGCGUCUUGUCGACCAUCAAGCUCCAACGAAAGAUCACCUACCGCGGCAACGCUGCGCUGCUUGUCCAGAGCGUCAUUCGUCGCUUUAACGCACAAAACAAAAUCCGCCCGCGCAUCCGCGCUCGCCGCGAGCUGCUCGCCAUCCAGGAGCACCUCAAGAUUGUCAACGACAUUAUCAGCAAGCUCAAGAAGGACGGCGACAAGUUCACCAAGAAGCUCAAGCCUGUCGAGGACUCUAUCGAGGAGGUUUCCAAGGGCCUCUGGACGAUCGACCCCAAGACGAUCUUUGCCAAGCUGAAGGAUGCCAACGACGAGAUUGCCCGCCAACUCACCGAGCUCAAGUCCAAGAAGAAGGAGCAGGAGGAGGAGGAGCGUCUGCGCAAGCUCGCCGAGGAGAUGGAGAAGGAGCGUCUCCGCAAGGAAGAGGAGGAGCGCAAGCGUCGCGAGCUCGAGGAGGAGCUCCGAAAGAAGGCCGAGCUCGAGGCUGCCCGCAAGAAGGCCGAAGAGGAGGAGCGCAAGCGCCAGGAGGAGCUCCGCAAGCAGCGCGAGGCCGAGGCUGCCAACAAGAAGCUCCAGGAGAAGCUCGAAAAGGAGCGCCAGGAGGAGCUGCAGCGCAAGCAGCAAGAGGAGCAGGAGAAGCGCGAUCUCGAGCUCGCCGUCCGUGUUGCCGAGGACACGUCGCAGGGCAAGGAUGUCCUCGAAGAUGCUCGCAAGGAGGAGGAGAAGCGCCAGAAGGAGGCCGCCAAGGGCAAGGAGAAGAAGAAGGGCAAGCACGAUCUGUCCAAGUGGAAGUACGCCGAGCUCCGCGACACGAUCAACACGUCCGUCGAUCUCGAGCUGCUCGAGGCCUGCCGCGAGGAGUUCCAUCGCCGCCUGAAGGUCUACCACGCCUGGAAGAUGAAACACAUGAAGAAGAACAUGGCGACCAACGCUGCCACGUCGGGUCCCGGUGGCGCGCAAGCUGCCGAGGUCGUUGCCGAGGAAGACCAGCGUGCCCCGUCCGAAGUGCUCGAGAACGCUGCCGAAAUCAACGACACUGGCGCUCCCCCGCCGCCACCACGCACUGCCAGCAAGGCCGAGAACCGCGAGCAGCGCUACUUUAAGAUCCCGUUCAUCCGACCUUCCGACCAGAACGCUGCCAACAAGGCCAAGAUGUACAAGAAGAAGGGCUGGUGGUACGCCCACUUUGAUGGCCAAUGGAUUGCCCGUCAGCUCGAGUGGCACCCCGAGAAGGACCCCGUUCUCCUGCUCGCUGGCCGCGACGACCUCGAGAUGUGCGAGCUUUCGCUCGAGGAGACUGGUCUGUGCCGCAAGCGCGGUGCCGAGAUUCUGGUCGAGGAGUUUGACGAGGCUUGGACCAAGUAUGGUGGCGAGCCCUGGACGCCUGCCUGGAAGGAGAAGGCUGCCAAGAGCAAGAAGAAGUAAACACCAAACAAGAGACAACCUGCGUUUCUUUCAGCCAAGGAGUUAUUUAGUUUUGUGCAAUCACUUCACUUAUUUUUCUGUGCCUCGCUCUGACUGGCUUCCUUUAUUCCUUUGUUCGUUUGAUCUGUGUUUUUUUGCCUUGUUUUUGCUUUGUCUUUGCGUGUCAUCUGCUGUUUCACACUUGAGCCUUUGUUGCAUUUUGACUUGUAAUAAUUUCAUUGUGUCUCGUCUCG